AUGGUAGUCCCUCCUAUGGAUGCGGGGAGGGGCCCGUCCCCCACGCCAAGAUGGCAGGCUAUAUCAAAGGCUAUACUAAAGUAUAUCCUGAGCCAAUGGCUUCUUAUCGCAAUGGGAGUUGCCUGUGUUCUGGCUUACUUUUUCCCUGAAGUCGCGAAGCAUGGUGGAAUCAUCCGAUCCCAAUACAGUGUGCUGUACGGUGUUAUUGCGAUAAUCUUUCUCAUAUCUGGACUCAGCAUCGAUCGCCAAAAGCUCUUAUCGCAGCUUAUGAACUGGAAACUACACCUUCAAGUGCAGAUUAUCUCCUUUUUGUUCAUUCCGUCAAUUAUAUUGGCCGUCGUUUAUGCCAUAUUGGCUGGCGAUCCUACUGAGAAGAUCGAACGAUCGGUGUUGGCGGGGUAUAUAUUUCUCGCUUGUAUACCGACAACUAUUGCUUCGAAUGUAGUCAUGACUCGAAACGCGGGUGGCGAUGAUGCAGCUGCUCUAGUCGAGGUUUUGAUUGCGAAUGUGCUUGCGCCAUUCUUUACUGCCGCUUGGACUGUUACUCUGAUUCCUAACCGGCCUGAAUUUGAGUUAUGGAAGCAUGGAGGUGGUGACAUGAGUAGCAUGUACAGGAAUGUUUUUCAGCAGCUGGGUCUCAGUGUCUUGUUACCCCUAUUCGUGGGACAAAUCGUGCGAUUUACAUGGCCGGACCAGGUCGCUUGGUUUAUUCAGAAGACAAAGCUACCAAAGCUGGCCUCAGCUUGUAUGAUUCUACUGAUUUGGACUACAUUUUCUUCGUGUUUUGCGACAGGGUCUCUUCAAACAAUGAGUACACCAACUAUCGUCUUUGUCGUGCUAUUUAACGUUGCCCUGUACGUCUUUCUGACCGGGAUCUGCUUCAUAAUUGCCCGCCCUCCUCGAUUCUUUCUUUCAAUUCCAUGGACGGAUGUUACAUUUGAGCCCCUAGCCCCUAGAGAAGCCAUUGCAGCUUGCUUCUGUGGCCCAGCAAAAAGUACCGCACUUGGUAUUCCACUGCUAUAUGCGAUGUGGCAGCCAUUAAAUAAUGACGCCAAAGCACAAACAUCUGUUCCAGUCCUACUUUACACCACUGAGCAAAUUGCAGUGGCUCAACUCUUCGUCCAAGUAUUCUGGAGAUGGCAUUCCUAUGUUGAGAAACGGAACAGACAGGAAAGCGAUCAGGGUGAUUCUGCUGAGAUUGACUUGGAGCAGCAUCGGCCAGCAGACAAUGCAGUGAUUAUAGGAGAUGACAAGAAUAAUACAUUAGAGACUGGACCACGCCAAUAG